AUGAAGCCCUUCACCAUCGCCGCCCUCACCACCCUCGCCUCCACCGCUGCAGCUCAACGUUCGUUCUACCUCAUGGCCCUUCGCAGCGCUUCACCCAUCCACUUCGGCGCCAUCAACGCAAAUGCUAGCGGCCUUUGGAUCGGCAAAGAAUCAGCAGACUACUGCCCAGACAUCGACGGUCUUCGCAACUCUUGCCCAAACUCGACUUCCGCCAUCUUCGGUAUCUCGCAGGAUGGUGUGCAGUCUAACACGACUGGCAAUCUGUACCUUGAUGUGAUUGUGCCGGGUGGUCAGCAGAUCUACAUCGAGCCAUCCUGUGGCAAAGUCCUCUACACCACCCACCACUCCGUCUCCAAGCCUCAAGGCAGCAUCCUCGGCGGCUGGUCUCUCGACACCACUCGCGGCGGUGAUCUGUCGUUCCUGGCCUACAACAAUGGCACCUUCUUCUGCCCGGUUGAUAACACCACCGACCCGGUCACUCGUCAGCCGAGAGGACCGUGGCAGAUGUAUGCCAGCUUGCCGAAUGUGACGCUGCCGUCGAAGAGCUGCUUGGGUGCGAACUUGCUUGCUAGUAAUACAAGUGGACCGGGCGCUUUCGAGUAUUCGUAG